UAUAAGCCUGCUAUAAAAUGUCAGUUGGGCCGCUUUUGUCUGCUGUCAAUGUGUUUGACGUUUUAUUUAUUUUUUUUUUACCGACUGUCCGCGCUUUUUCUCGUGCUUUGCAGAAGUGAUCUCGGUGAAUUAUUUUUCAAUAAUAAAUAUUGCGUGUAUAUGUAAGUUUUAUGCAAAAUCAAACGCUAACUUAAAUGCAAAUAGUUUCAUUGAAAGGAAAUAUACUGUAUAUUCUUUUGUAGGGUUUGGAUUACUGAUGGAGUCGAAAGUAAAACAUACCAAAACCUCAAAUCAGACAGACCAUACUUUCACGGUCGAGGAAACAUUGGACAUGAUUUCCAAAAUACAAAGCCAUACCCUCUUGUGGAAUAAACAAGAUCCACAAUAUAAGGAUGUGAUACGACAAGACCACGUAUGGCAGGAAUUGGCAAGCGAGAUUGGAGUUCCGAUGAUAUUAUUAAAAGAAAAGUGGCAAAACCUGCGAUCUACAUUCAGGAAAAAUCAUGCAAAGGUUAAAAGCAGCAUGCAGACUGGAGCUAAUUCGAAAGACAUCUUCGUACCGCAUUGGUAUGCAUAUGAGGCCAUGCAGUUUCUGUCCGAAAAUUUGAGUGUUGGCAAAACUAUAGACACGGUAAUGUAUAGAAAUUAGUAUUAUUUUUCAGAUUCGAAAGACAUCUUCGUACCGCAUUGGUAUGCAUAUGAGGCCAUGCAGUUUCUGUCCGAAAAUUUGAGUGUUGGCAAAACUAUAGACACGGUAAUGUAUAGAAAUUUUGGUAAUGUAUUAUAAUACUAUUUAAUCAGAGACAGUUCCAUGCACAGUUCAUAGUGAAUAAAUUGUUCUUAAAUUAUAUUAAGCUUAGUAAGGGAAAUAUUUAUAAAUAACUAAUGUUGCACUUGUUUUCAUUCAACAUUCACUUUUUUCUGGUUAAUUUGUUUUUUUUUUAUUCAUAAAGAACGGCCUGGCCGUAUUGCUUCUGGUUAAUUUGUUUUUUUUUUAUUCAUAAAGAACGGCCUGGCCGUAUUGCUUCUGGUUAAUUUGUCCAUGAUGACGAAAUAACACGGUAAAAUAAUAAAAAUUAGCUGGUUAAACUGAAAGAAAAUUUACCCUUACUUUACGUAUCCUUGAUGUAACCAUUUGCAUCCUUGAAAAUCAUCCUUCAUGAUACCAUUUGCUGGAAAACCCAACCGACUUGUUACAUAUAUUAUUAAUUGUAUAUGAUCAUGGCUAAUAUAAUAUUGUAUUGUUCAAGCAAUACAAGUUAUUUAGAUUGUUAACAUUCUGGAUACUUUUAUACUUUUAUUUACAUUUACGUUCAUAAACAUUUAAAUUUCAAAGACACAUUUAACGAGUUAGUUGUUCAUUCUAAAAUGAUGUGCAAGGUGAUUUCUGACGUUUGCUAAACGAGCGGCUGGUCGCAUCGGGAUGUUUUGAAGCCCAUCCAAAUUGUUCAAAGAAGGUAGAACAUUUGCCGGGACAUGUUCCUCUUCAAAUGUCCUUCUAUUUCGAGCUGCAUUUCUCUUUCUUACAAAAUUGUGCAUAUGCACUGCAGCCAAUACAACUGUGCUUGCCUUUUCUGGUUGUAAAUAAAUUGUUGUGUGCAGCACUCUAUAUCUAUUUGAAAGUAUACCAAACGCAAUUUCUACACACAUACGUGCCCUGGAUAAACGCUG